CCGCCUACUCAAGCUCAUUCUGCUGAAGCUGAACGCGCUAAACGUACUGUCCGGUUACAAGACCGGCUACUAGAACUCACAAUACAUUAUGAUACUUCAUUAUAAUUACGGAUUUUUGGGAUUAUCAUAAAAAGUACGCUCUUUUAAUCGUAUCCCAUCUGCAUGAACGGCUCUUAGUCUACUUGCCCAGACAGCAUGUUCAGAGUGAGGCCAAGGUAGCUUCUCAGACCCAGAUAACCAGCAGAUAACCAGCAGGCCUGGUGGAGAGAACCAGCACAGACCCAGAGAGAGGAACGUCAGUGCCAGGACAGAGCCCAGAAAGAGGGAGGAGAGAGCCCCAAAAAAGUAUUGACGGACAGGCGAGGGGAAGAAGAGAUCCAGGGAUUAGGGGCUCAUCCAGGCUACGACCAAUCCCCUGAGGAGACCCCCUUUUUCCUUCUGAAAACUCAGACAGCUGCCGGGAUUACUGCAUUAAACUUAUUACCCUUUAUUAGAGACUGUUUUUGUUAUUUUUUCUGAAACCAACUGGUGCUCAAUUUCAGCCCUGCGCUAUCAGAUGCCUGGAGUGUGGGCGGCUGGAUUUGUGUAACUCUGAAAACAAAGGAUCAGAAGGAGAGGAGGAGGACAGAGCAGGGCAUGGGGGGAUUCUGGAACGUGUAGGAGACAUCUAGGAGCGUUCCUUAAAGACGUGUGGGGAUAAACCUUCGGGCUCCAGCUGUGUCUGCGGGAGUCAGACGAGAGGUCAAAAAGUCUCUCUCUCUCUCUUUCUCUUUCUUUCAACCAUGAGAGAGAAUCUGCUUUGCUUCACAUUCACACACAAGCUGAGCAGUGCCUGAUUGCUUUUGCCUCUGCAGCUCACAGUCACAUAGGAGAGUUAGUCAGAGAUGUUGAGGUGGUGGCUUGAACUGUAAGUAUAUGAAGUCUGGUUAUGAGUGUCUGGUUCAUGCUCUCGAGAGGUUAAGACUAUCUCAAAUUCAACAUCACACCUAAUAGAAGUCUGUUGGUCUGAGAACCUUACCCUUGGCCAUCACCAUGAACCUGGGGAAGAUCCCUGGGUUGAAGGGCCUGGUGGCCGGCUCUCAGGGUAAACGUCAUUUCAAGGGUGACCUCACCUUGGACAUGAUCAGCCCUCCGCUGGGAGACUUCCGUCACACCAUGCACGUGGGCCGUGGAGGGGACGUGUUCGGGGACACUUCGUUCCUUAGCAAUCACGGCGGGGCCGCCAACGGAAACGAGGAUGAUGAUUCCGUCACAAGUCCUGACAACAAGAUCGGGGCUUUCUUCUCCCGGACCCUCCGGCAUGUUCGGAAGACACCAGAGCAUCCCAGGGUGGGGUCGAAGGACCUGUCCCCGCCACCCCCUCCCAUCUCCCCCAUCAUCAAGAACGCAGUGUCGCUCCCCCGGCUGGAUGUGGACGGCUGCCCUAUUAAAAACCUCUUCCACACCUCUCCUACCUCCCUGGAUGAGACCACUUAUGGUUAUGGUCUGGAGUCAGGUUUCGUUACUCUGCCCCGUCUCUCCCGCUCAGCGGAGCGUCAGUCGCAGCAGGGAGGCUCUAACUCCUGUACCCCCAACACCCACUGCGGCUCGCUCACCGACGUCUCUGCCCUCCUGUCCUCCUCCGCUGACCCGACCCUGACCACUGGCCCCAGUCACAUGACCCGGUUCGACUCCUUGUCCUCCAUGGCAUCCUUCACAUUCGACCUGGGGCCCUCCCUCAUGAGCGAGGUGUUCGGUUUGAUUGACAGCCCUAAUGGCCACCCAGAGCCCAGCCACGCCUGGGAGGCAGAAGAGGCGGAAGAGCCAAGUGGCUCUGCGAUUGGGUUUGCGACCAAUGAAGGCUCGGAGAUGGACUCGGAGAUGGAUGCCACCACUGCCUCAUUGGUGGAUUCUCUGCUUCGAGAGGACUGUAGUAGCAGCAGGAAGAGUCCAUAUGGGAUGGAGUGGGAAGAGGAGGAAGAGGAGGCUAGGAGAAUGGAGGUGAAUGGAGGUGAGCAGCAUCUUAAAGGGGCAGUGCCUGAUUUAGUUAUGGGCUCCCCCUCUAGACAGAGGCCUGCUAUGGAGAGUGAGAGGUUCCAGGGUGCCACUGAUGUGCUGGGGGUGCUCUAUGGGGUUGGAGGGCUCCUGAAGGGGCAGCAGAGGAUGGAUCUGGAGGGAAAGGUGACCAUGUGCCAGACCAUGAAGAAAACCCCUUACAUCUGCAUUACAUCUGAUGAGGAGGAGGAGGAGGAAAUCAAAGUCUGAACUACAAUGACAGCCUCAAUUGUGUUUAACUAGAAUUACCUACAACAGAUGUCCCACUGGGCACACACUGGUUGAAUCAACGUUGUUUCCAUGUCAUUUCAAUUAAAUUACUUGAACCAACAUGAAAUAGACGUUGAAUUGACGUCUGUGCCCAGUGGGUUGUGAUUAUUGGUUAAUUCCUUGUAAAGUCUUGUUUUAAGAAACUGCCUCUAUUGACCUGACUCAGCUUUGAACCCUUCUUCAUCAUUUUCAAAUAUUCCUUUCAGAAAUGUCAUGUUAUGUCGUCAGGAGACUCACUUAAAGACUUUGAUUGUUCCCAAAUUGUUCCCAAAUUCACCCAAAUGUAAUGGAAAGUAUGUUUGUUGAAAGACUCAUUGAAAGAUUAUGGAUGCUGAAAGUUCCCCAAGCAAACAUGCUGUAUGGAAGGAGCUAGAACAGGCUAAUAAUAGCUAACUACAUGUCCUUUUAAAAGAGGUCACUGGAACCAGUGGAGAACAAAGAAAUAAAGAGAUGGGGUAGAAAGUGUGAGAAUGUACCAGAGAAAGUGGUUGGACACAGAGGAGUUACCAUGGAAACCGUAGGAGGUUGGUGGCACAUUAAUUGGGGAGAACAGGCUCGUGGUAAUGACUGAAGUGGAAUAGUAUCAAAUACAUUAAACACAUCUAUUUGCCAUCCAUGCCAUGCAUUUGUGCCGUUCCGGCCAUUAUUAUUAGCUGUUCUCCCCUCAGCAGCCUCAUGUGAUGUAAACACUAAAGACGUUGCUCAACAGUGUGUAAGUCUGUUAACAGCUGGUUAAAUAUAUACUGUGUGGACUUCCUGAGAAAAAUGCUCAGUGUGACUUCAUAUAACUAUUCAAGGCAAAAGGUAGGACACGAAGACAAAGUAGUAGCGGUUUCAACCCAACUUCAUCUUUCCCUCACCACCAACCAGUCCCAUGGAAAUUAACUACGCCUAUAGAGAGAUCUUAACUCUUAGCACGUGAUGUUAACUUCAGCAAAACAAUACUCUUUUGCCUGAAGAUUACACCCAAGACAAACACUUCAUUUUUGCUUAUUCUACCGAUACAGUAUGAAGCACAAACCAUGAGAAAUUCACUCAGAAAUGAAAUUGAAGAUAAUUUUGUACAAUGUAAUAAUCACAAGUAUAAUGUUGUUACAGUAUGUUUGUUAAUUCACAUAUUUACAUCAUACCCCAUUUAGACAUGUUUCCCAAAUUCAUUAUGGGUCUAGCUAACUCUCAUCUUGCUUUUCGAUGGGAUAGUCACCUGCUUGUCUGCUAUUCUGUCAACCAAUGGUUGAAUCCUAUUUUUAGACUAUAUUAAGAAAAACAGUGUCCCCCAUCCGCAUCAAUGUGCUGCUAUUGAUACCAAUGAUAUUUCUAUAAUGAUAAAUGAAAUAAAAUGUUUUUAAUAAGCA